UGUGUGUCUGUACGUGACGCCACGCUGGGUGUUGCAAGCUCAAUGCGCGAAUUGAAAAGGAAAGAGCAAGCGUGUUACGCUCCAGCAGCAGUGAGUCAGUGAGGUUUUUUUUUUCUGAAGGCCGCAGAAUUACUUAAAGCACAAGCCAUUUCAUCUCAACACAUAACAACGAACGCUGCCACUUUGCACUACUAUAAAUACAUCGACAUGGAAGCAGCCUACGCCAAACUGAAGAGGCAUAUUGAUGCUUUCGAGAAGCACAUCGCAUCCUGUAGGUCCUCGUUCGAUGUAGCGUUGCUGUACCGCAUGCUGAGGAUCUUUUCAGAGUCUCAGCGCAGUGAAAUCACGGGGCUCGCGGCUCUCAGAGGUCCUCCAGCAAGGGGAGGAGGAGGACAUUUAGGAGGUGCACAAAGAGGAGGACAUUUAGGAACAGGACAGCGUGGUGGACCUUCAGGAGCAGGACAUGGAAGAGGACAUAUAGGAGGAAGCGAAGGAGGAAGACAGUUGGGAGGAGGACAAAGAGGGGAUGGACAAGGAGGAAGAGGACAUUUAGGUGGGCCAGAAGCGGAAUCCUCCGAAGUCAGCACCUACCUCACCUGGCUUGGUGAAUACGUGCGCUACUUGGUCGUUCUCAAAAAGGUGUUUGAUGAGCGCAUUUUCAUCCCCCUGUGCGAGAACCUCUACUUGAACGAGGGGUCGGUGCAGGUGCCAGUACCAAAGCGUCAAUGCGUGGGCUCUGCCCAGUCCGCCUCCUCUGGUGUCUCCAGCCGCCCCAGCACAGAUGUGAGCAGCUGCGACUCACAAGACUCGAGCUCAGCAGAACAUCACCAUCAAGGACACGAUGAUGAUGAUGAUCAUCAUCAGCACCUCUUGGGAGGUCCACAGCGAUCCGUGCCCCGCAUAGCGAAGUGCCUGUUUCGCCUGCGAAAGCAGUGGGCCCUGCUGCUGAGAGGCGAUGAGCUCAGAGAUGAGUAUUUCUCAGCCGAGAGCGGACCGGCACUGCUCCAUUUCCAGGGCUGCGACUCCUUCUACAAGGUGCUGCGGCUGGUGCCCGACAUCUUCUGCAAGGCCCUGCGCGCCGCUCGUCUCUGCAGGGAGUGGGUGGAUGCCCACAGCGUGACGCUCGCCAGCGUGCACGCCAUCGAUCCUGCUGCGCCUGGCACUCUGUCCUCGGAGCUCCCGCAGCUGGAGAUGUCCGAGAUGUUCGUCAGCAGGUGCGGCCGCGUGGAUGAGCUCAAACGCUCCGUGGACAGCAGCAAGGCCAGACUGGUGGCACUCAACGAGGAGCUGGAGGCGCGGCGCAGCGAGCGCGACUUGCUGGAGGAGCGACUCAGGGCUCUGCUCCCCGGAGAAGAUGACGGGGGACGGGUGACUCUGCAGGAAAGGCUGGAAGUGGCUCGGAGCAGGGUCGAUGUUCUGGGAUCGGCGAUCAGGUUGGAGCGGUACCGGCAGCGGUUACUGGUGGGGGACUGGCUGGCAGAGUUGGAGUCACAGCCAGACCGUAUUCGGCACGCGGACAGAGUGUGAAUUUUGAAGCUUGGGACACUUACAGGGAGCUGUAAUGGGACUCCUGGAGGAAGAACCUGGAAUUCAUGCUGAAUGAAGUGGGUUGCGGCAUCCACAUAAUCAGACUCUGAUGCCCUGGCUAUUUUGAAGCUGUGAAGAAAAAUAAUUAAUGUGAAAAUGCCAAUAAACAACUACGAGCAGGUCUGACGAUGAAGAAGAUGUCAACAAUGCAUGUUGUAUUUAAAACAUUAUAGUUAUGAUGGUUCAAUUAAUUGCAACCUUACAUACUAAUGAUUUUGUCAAAGUGAAAAUGUAGCAAGCAUGAUUUAUUUUCUGGUGAAUAUGUAGCAUGUGCAUACAGAUUCUGUUUAUAUGUAUUGUGCUGGAGUAUCAAAUGUAAACCUUCAAUUGUACAGAAAGGCAAAUUAGAAAUAAGAUUGUAUUUUUUACUCUAUAAGGGCCUGUAUAUUGUGUGUUCUGUAUGUGUAGUAUUGAUAUGAGUACCAAGCCUUUACUAUACAAAUUGUACAUACAAACUUAGAAGUAUUUUAUUCACUGUUUAUAAUAGUAAAUGGACUUUGGUAAGGCAUAUGACUGGAAGGGAUGAUGGGAGAAAGAUGGCUGCGGAAUGUCAGCCAAAGGAGGGAACAUGCCCAAAGUAAGGGUGGAAAUCAUGUCGGGAGGCAUUCAUCUAGCAGUGAAUCAAGACUGAUGAUGGGACAUCAGGGUGGCGAGAUGUGAUCUCCCUCACUUGGUAUAUGCGUCGUGGGUUUGAUCUCGACCCCGACUCCUGCAUGUUUGGAGUUAGCGUGUUCUCACCGUGGUCGUGUGCAUUUUUCUGCGGGUCCUCCGGUUUUCCCCUCCACAUUUAGAAACUUGCAUUUCGAUUUGUUUGGCUUUUGCUAUAAAUUCCCAAGAAUGAUAUAAGCCACUGUAUGAGCUAUCAAGUGUGGCCAGGUCCCUGCUGAAAAAGAGCUAAUAGCUCAGAUGGCUUUACCUGCCAGAAUAAUAAGUGAGUUUAGACAUCCACACUGUAUGUGUAGUAUUGAUACAAUUACAUUAGAAUGCCAUACAUAUGCAACAUGAAUAUUAUUACAGUGCAGAAAACUGAAAUGGCCAUGGCUUGGGGAGGCCUUCAUCCAGCAGUGGAUUGAACCUGGCUGCUGCUGCCGAAUUAAUAAUUAAAUAAAUAGUAAAAUAUAUGAAUGAGGCUGACUCACACCAAAUGUAAAAGACCUUCAGGACCAAUAUAUUUCACCAUAAUCUACAGUAUUUACCAGGGGGGAAAUCUAGUCGAGUAUUAUUUUCCCUGAGUGUCAUUAGCAGAAUGUAGUCCAUUAAGCAAAGGCUGGGGUACAUUAAUUGGAGUACAGAAAAUUGUACAUUUAGUCGUGCGUGCUCUCUUGAUGGAUUGUGUAUAUACACUCAUUAUGAAAAACAACUUCCUGUUGAAACGAUUAACGAUAUGCUGCUACAACAAAACGUCAAAGUGUUCUUGCUCAAAUGAGCAAUGAAGCAACACUCAUCCAUGUGUAAUCCUGACUCAAUGGUGGAAAUUGAAGUGUCUCAUAGCACUACCACUCAUUUUGAAAAACUGUAUUAAAUUCAGAAGUGUGUCUGCAUAGGAAGUGAUAUCCAUACUUAAUGAAAACGCAAUAGGGGAUCGUGAUGUUCAUUAUUAGCUCCUAGGUGAGAGCAGAAAUUAGUAGGAGCUAGGGUUGUCCAGUACUGUACUCGGUUUUUUUUCUCAUGUAAUUGACCAAACAUCUCAAUGCAGGACCAUCCUGAAAAUGUGGUAAGGAUUGGUGAAGCUUUUCUCUUUUUUAUGACAAUAUUAGCGUACCAAUUUAUUUGACAAAUAAAAGUGUAUUUAUUUACAAUUAUUUUAACAUCCAAGUAUAAUCUAUAGUCUGAGGUGGCCAGGAGACAGCAGCGCAGGAAUGGAUCGUCGACUUUAUCUGUACAAAGCUCUGCUUUCCUUCCAAGUGGAAAUUGCUAAUUCAUGAAAUUGAGACUUACCUGGGUAAAUAAAGAACGUUAUUCUCAUCAUUACCGUUUUAAACCUCACAAUAAGUUACAUACAGUAUCUGGUCAUGACCCCAAAGGCUAUACAGUAUAUCCUGUGUAAAGAGGGAGCCUUUUUCAAACACUAACUUCCUGUCACAUCGACAUCAUUGUUUAUUUUUCACGUUCAGCAUCAGUACGAUGUGAUGAGGGCUCAGAGCAUGCCCAUACUUGUUUCACUCUGUGUGGGUUAUUUCCCUCUUAAUGGCCUAUGCUGUGGCAGUGUUGGAAGGUACCUUCUUAUUGAUUCUUUGCAAACAUCAGUUCAAAGUGUCUCCAUGCCAGAAUAUGCAAAUUCUGUAGAUUUUCUCUUCCUGAGGUGGUGUUCGAAAUUCCACGUCGAUAUGGGAGCAUCAGCCUAUCCAUCGGGCUCUUUGUAUGUAUGUUGAACUUCUUUCGCACAGUACGUAGCCAAUCGUGCAAAUUGGAAGGUGUCUAUACAUAGAUAAAAAAUAGUAGCCUAUGGUUACCUAAAAUUUUCGAAGUAAUACAACGUGGAGCUGGCCAAUUGACUGAGGGGUCAGGGCACUGAACCAGCACUGCUGAGAUGCUGGCUUUGAAACCCAGCAGCCACUUGUGAUUCAAGUGAGUUUUCACGUGUAAUGAAUCAGUGAUGAUGGCAUUAGAAAAAAAACCCCAUCAUAUUUAAUAUGGUUUUCAUUAAAUUAGCUUUUCACAACAAUUUUCAGGCACGUUAAGUAGUGCCCUCGUGUGGAUAAGCAGGCCUAAGGAAGUGACUUCAGAAAGAGUCCUGUGACGUUAUCUUCCAGGGCUGUUCUCUGACACAAGGUGAUGCACUCACUUGCAUACACGGAUAGCACCAUUGCAAUGUAAUUGGGAGUUAAAGUAAGCAUUGCGGACGACCGCUUGUGUGGCGAUCGAAAUGUUGUGAUCUAUUAUUAUUAUAAUUUUUCUAUUGAUUUUGGUUUCCUCAAACUAUUGAACCUUUAUGUAAAUACAGAUGGCAAUGACAGAAGCCAUUUAGCUGUUGACAACCCCCCACCUUUGGGUCAACAUAAUUCUGCCCGAGAGGACACGAGAGCAAACAGGUUGUCUUUCGAUUAACUGUUUGUGUUGUGGGCUUUAUAGAAUGAUCACCUUGUAUGUAUUAUGAGUUUCGGUGAGGCACACACAUCAUCCCAAGUGGGACCCUCAUUAAAAUGACUCUGGAUAAUCUAGGGCAAAAAAAAGGUUGUUGUUGUUGUUACAUUCAUACUUUGUCGAGUGCAGGGGUCGGCAGCCUUCGGCUCCGGAGCGGGACGCGGUUCUUUUCGGACUGCUUCAUGACAUUAUUUAUUAAGGACCACCGUCUCGUAGUCGCAUGCAAUUGCGGCUCUUGAAAUGUUGAGUUUCUUUACCGAAUUAGAAAAAAAAUACAUUGCUUAUUUGUUAUUUUGGUUUCAGUUCCAUGGUCGAGUGGAAGCAGCAAUUCAACAUUAAAAAAAACGUGAUCAGGCAAAGAACAAGUGGCAAUGCAUCAUACACCUAAAAAUGUGUCAAACAGCAAUACAUAACAGAAAUCUCGGCAUGCUUUGCGCUUAAAAAUGAGAUCACCAAUCUUGUGCAUAUGCUCCACACGGUCUUGUGAUGGCCACUCACUAAAUAGAGCCAAGAACGUCAGCAGCACAGGACAACUGUGUGCCAAUCUCGUUACAGUAUUAUUAGGACUCAUGACUACAUAAUAGCCACGUGGGGGAGAGGGCUCUUCAGCAUUAAGUCACUCGGACAUAAAUGACAGGAGGCAAAAUGUGUGCGAAAUAUGUGCAAGAAUGAUGAUAUCGUUUGGACAUGCAGAGCGUGCUGGGAUACGGUUUGUAGGUUUAAAUUGAUUUUUGCGCAUAGAUUAUGGCUUUUAUUGUCGGUUGUAAUUCCAGUUAACGUUCGAUUAUCCGUGGAUGGAUGAUUUGGGAUUAACAAUGCUUGCGAAAAAAAAUAUUUACGCUCACGCUGUUUUAUUCGCUGCAAAUCACUCGACGAGGUUUAUUGACUCAGUUACUACGUGACCACAAACGUGUUGGUAAACGUAUUGAGGAGCAAUAAAGCACACGCAUUAUGUUUCAA